CACCGAGAACAACGUGUGGCUAAGGAAGUACCUCGCACAGUCAAAGUAGUUGCACGUUCUGUACGGCAGCGGUCGGAAAAUUGUCAUCAUAGAACGUGCUCUUGACGAUUGUCUUCACGACCACACAGCAAAGCGCACUAAUGGAGAUGAGAGUGCAGCAUUUUGUUACGCGAUGGUACAGCACAUGGCUGCAGCAAAUAAAUGAUAUUUGCAUCCGCUUCUGGUUUGUCAGCAAUUAAAUGGAAAGCGAACGAGCGCACACGGUGGUUCGGAGGUGUGAUUUACAUUCGAAUUCAAUCGCUACUAUUUCAAAACAUGCUCCAGAAGUUAUGGGAAAAGUUUUUCGUAUGCAUCGGUAGUUGAUGCAUUUGCUACCGACAGCAAUUAGUAUUGCAUUUCCAAGCGAAACUGUGCACUUUGGAAGGAAAAAAAAAACUCUUGUAAUGAUUUUAGAUUUAGUGUCAUAUGAAAGCUUUGGAUUUUUACUUCCUUUGCAUAUUGGUUUGUAUCUGACCAAAGUGUAAUUAAGGUAUAAGUUUUUUUGGUAAUAUGUCUUGCAAAUGGAUAGAUCGUUUCAAGUUGUUUUAGGAUACCAUGCAUAAAAUGAAUUCAUAGCUCUGAGUAGCCUUCAUAGGUGUAUUUGGGAAGAAUUAAUGGAGACUUCAUAUUGAUGGCAUCAUUUUAUGUUUUGUAAAACACGACUCACUAAAACACUUUUGAAUACCUAUGAGUUGUACAGGCUAACAUCUUACUCUAAUGUAGCUCACUUCAGUUGACGUUGUUGCAUCCAGAAUUUCCAUUCGAAUUGCAGUCCUGGCUCGUUUUAUGACGACUUCCAAUAUUUCUUAGAUAUAUGAUACCGUUUAGAUUAAGUUGCACUUUCGUUACCUAGUAUUCAGUAGGUACACUCAUGAGGGGAGUCGACAUCAUUAACCAUUUAUUCUUGUAAUUAUAUGUGAUGCAUUAGUGGAUGAAGACCUACUAGCACGACACAAACGAGAACUCUUUUUGCUAUCUUAUUUGGUAUGAAAUCACUGCGUUUUUCCGUCUACGGAUGCGCCUGAGUGUAAGACUCAGUGUAACCGUCUCACCUUCUUUUUUUCUAAAGAAAAGUGGUCCAAAUAUGCCUCUCGACCAAAACACAUGAAAACACAUGAAAAAAUCACUUGUAAUGGACACAUCGGUAGUUCUUCAAUGUAAGUUCUCGGCGACCUAAAAACGACACCACGACCACCGAAAUGAAAAUGAACUUCGUCUGAAAAGAUGAUUUUUUUUAAAUUACCGAUUUCAAGUCGAUCGCGAGGUCAGUUAGCACAAUAUUGCCCAGUGUUCUUCGGACGUUUGUACAUAUUUAUGUAUAUACGUUGUGUACACAAUAUUAUAAUUACUAUCAUUAUUGUAUCUAAAUCUCCUUUUGCCAGAAUCAUUAGAUCAUCGUUGGAACAUCCUUUACCGCGGUCCCAUCCCAUACCGAAUAGUAAUUUGUUGUUACGGGGAAUUAUUUCAAACUAAAUUGGAGCCUCCAGGAAUUAUGUUGAUCAUAUGUUGAUCACAUAUCUGCGACACGACUGAUGAGAUAUAAUGAAAUUCCACAAAGCUGUAAAGAAUACAUAAUUAUACACUUGUAGUUGAUAUAGUUUAUAUGUAGUAACAAGUUUGGUACGUGCGAUACCUACAAGCUAACUUAAAAUUAAUAGCAUUAAUUAUUAGAAUUAAAUGUCUCUAAAAAUGUGACCUCUAACAACGAGAAUACAAAUCAUCUUCGCUAGCGAUCCAUUACAAGCAGCAUCGAUCAUUGGCGAUGUACGAACAUUUCUGUAUCAGUCAAAAUCCCAAAAACCUGAUAACUAAAAAAACACACACAAUAACGCCUCUCACGCUUUAUUUCAUUGUUUGCAAAAAAAGUGAUUAGGAUCGUGUGGCGGCUGUAGCCGGUUCACAUUGAACCGUUGAAACAGAAGAAAUCCGAUGUGAGAUGUCAUUCGCCUCGAAAUGCCGCUAACGGUGUGGAAGCAGUAAAAGAACACGAUCGCCGAAAAUUUGCGUUCAGUUUGGAUUUUGUCGCGAUCGCGAAAGGACCUAACGGCGAGCAUCUAAUGGGGCGAGUGGAACCGAUUGAAAAAAGUGAAAUAUAAGGAAAGCACAAGCGUCACUAUGAGCGGAAGUGUUAGGAUGGCGAACCGUUUGGAACGGUUAUGUUGGGUUAUGUUGUUAUUGACCGGGAGCAUUACCGUUGAUAAUGUGCGUAGUGAGAGUGAUACAGACGCGCUUGCAUUGUCCGAGUAUUGGCGAAUGCCGCGUGUGUUCAAGUAUGAUGAUUACGAUAUCUGUUUAAAUGAUAAUCCCAGCAUCCCAUCUGUGUACUGCGUGGUAAAGGCAGUCAUCCGACCGGACAACACCUCAGACGUUUGGGGCCAGAUCGAACGGAUUUCGGCUAAAUGGAAGAUUAAGCUUAACCAUGCCCAUCUGGAUCGUGGGAUUUGUGUGCGCGAUUGCGAAAUGCGUCUGCGAUUAAUGUCUGGUCGACUGAACGACAGUGAACUUCUGGUGCCCAAGUUUAAGACCAACUACCGGUACACCUUCAAUCCAGGAACAUUCAGAGAUAUUGAUGAAUAUCGCCAUAAUUAUUCCGAGCUGCUAGAAAAGUGUGUCAACGUUGAGCUGAUCGAUGAAUACGGCUUAAAAGCACAAACGGAGAUAGAAUACUGCGAUAGCAACGCAAUAUCUUAUCCAAUAGACUGGUUGGAAAUAACCUUUCUAGUGCUCGCAAUAACCAUCGCCGGCAUAGUGCUAGCCUCGAGUGUGUACGAUUUUCGGUGCAAAACAACUCAUGGACUUGACCACUACAAACACGAUCUGGCGACGUCGAAGCAAAUGUAUCUGGUGUCCUUUUCGAUCAUCCGAAACUGGUACCGGAUCACCUCGCGCGGGGACGAUCAACUUAGCCAUGAUUUACGGUACAUUCACACCAUCCGAAUGAUCGUCUUCAUGGGAGUCACGUUGGGCCACGUCGUAUUCUACGCCCAACCUAGAACAGCGUUUACCAUCGAAAAUCGCUACAAUGAACUUUCAACAAUGAUAAUCAUCAAUGGCUCGCAAAUAGUGACGACGUUUUUCGCCAUCAGUGCCAUACUGCUUGUGCUGUUCUUCAUGGAUAAGGUGGAAGAAACGAAGAAAAAGGUCGGCAUCUUGGAAAUAUGUAUCAUUUCCGCCGCUCGUUACGUACGGUUAACACCGGUGUACGCAUUUGUGAUGCUUUUCGAGGCCACUUGGGUUGUUCGGUUAGGUGAUGGACCUCUGUGGCAGAAGGGCUUCGAAACUGGACGAACGUACUGUCGCGCGAAUUGGUGGGCGAAUUUGCUCUACAUCAACAAUUACUACAAAGCGGACGAACCGUGCACGGCGCAUUCAUGGUACCUGGCCGCCGAUUUCCAUCUCUUUGUGUACGGACUGGUGCUGUGUGCCGUGAUUGCUCGCUACCCUAAAGUACGGAACCUACUGCUCGGGACAUUGGUGGUUUUGAGCUAUGCCGCAACUGCCGCCAUCAUCUAUGUGAAGGCGUACGAUGCCGUUCCUGUUUUUCCACCAGAACAAGUUCGAUACUUCUUCUGGUACUGGGCUGUGUACAAGGAUCUCUACGUUCCAACGCACAUGUAUCUGGUGAACUAUACAUUGGCGAUUGCUUUUGCAUUCUACUACAGACAUCUGCUUAAAACGAGAACUAAUUGUCACUGGCUUAUAAAGGUUUUCUGGUUUGGAAGCCUUCUUAUGAUUCCGGCACUGUUCGCGAUGGGCUACAUCUUCUAUCACUUCGAGUUUGCGACCCCUUCACUCUGGAUGGCUUUGCUGUUCCCGUUCAUACGUUUACUCUACAGUGUGAUCAUCUUUUUCGGCGGCGUUGGACUGUCCUUUAGAUUCGCAAAACUAUUAACCCGACUGGCUGAUAUACCGUUCCACACGAUCAUCGGACGACUUACGUACAGUGCGUACUUAUGCCAUUUAUGUCUAAUUAAGAUGUCCCUGUUCAACACGAGAAGUUUCUUCCGUUACGCCCUAAUUGAUAUUGUAAGUCGUCCUAAUAUUAGUUUGUUUAUUUGUGACUCAUAUUUUUGUUUUCAAUUUGAAAUUUUAAUAACCUGUCCAUCAUCUUCUCAGGGUGCCAUCUGGGCGGCUUCAAUGUUACUUUCCUAUCUGGUGGCAUGGGUGCUCUGUCUUGUGCUAGAGUCACCCUUCGUGGCAUUGCAGAGGCAACUGUUCAAACGUCAUGCACGACCCUCCGACGAAACGGAGGACUCAUCCAAUGGAGGUGAUGUCGGAACGGACACGAGCUACUGUGAACAUCCUGAUGAAAAGAGCUAUCAGCCGAAUGUGAUUUUCAGCCAGCGGUUUUAACUGAUAACGAUGACGAUUAGAACUUAGACCACAUGCCAUUUUAGAGACAGUGUAGUAUUAGAAACGAAAUUUCAAAAUUGUUUUAAAUAAAAAAAAAUAAUGCUAGCGUAUGUGCUCCAAUAUUAAUUUAGAAAUAAAAUCUUACAAACACUCUAAUUAGAUGUUUUGAUAUUUGAAAGAAUCACACAAAGAUUUAAAUGAGUUUAGAAAUCGGUCGUAUCGUGUAAGAGAUUGGUACCAGUUAGGGACGAUUAAACUAUUACGUAACGCAAAAAUAACGAAUUUCCGACCCCCGCUACCGUAACAAAACGUAACGCUUGAAGCAUACCCACUAUAUUCAUUAAGUUAUAAAUUGAUCUCGUCCUUAAAUCACAAAAAUUAAAGAAAGAUAUUAUGAAUUAAAUUCACACCUUCAAUAAUCUCUUCAAUUGGAACAAAAGUAACAACAAUUAAGGAUAUUGCCGCAUACAUUUUAAGAGCACGGCUAGAUUGAUUUUGCACAUUGAUCGCGAUAACUUGAAUUCUGUUGUCAUUUACAAUUAUUUUUAUCUCAUGGCUUUCCGAGACCUCUUUAGUCCAUAUUGAUCCUCGAUAGUUACUUGCACCAAUCCUCGGUGAUAAAAUUGUGAUCUUGAUGUCUUGUUAGACAACAUCAUCAGCAUAAUCUUAAGAAAACAUAACUGAUCUCAGGAAAACAUAAAUUUGAUCGUGGCGUGUAGCUAUGUUAUAAGUUUCCCCCUUAGUUUAUAAUUCUUUUAAAUUAACUGAUAAAUUAUGCGCAACAGGAAAGUUAUCAUUUUGAAUUCAUGCAUUACAAAAAUUUUAGAUUUAUCUUAUUACAUGUUACGUAACACAAAAUUGAACCCCCUUCCUCUCGUGUAACAAAUUCCCGUGUAACGCUGGCAGCAACUACCCCUCCCACCUAGCAUCGUUACGUAAUAGCUGAAUGAUCCCAUAUCACACCUUGGUUACUAUAUUAUAGCUAGUACAACACUUCUCAACUGUGACGCCUUCAAUAAAAUCUACGUUUACUGCCGAUGUCCACUAAUUAUGAAACGAUAAACAGGUCAAUGUUCAACUUUUAGUUGUUGAUAUCACUUUUCAGCUAUUACCGUUUAUAGCAUCGAAUUGACCUCCAAAAAUGUACCCUCUUAACACAUAAACAGUUGGUGAGUUCGUAAACGUUGCAUUAAACACACAAAACUGCGAAGAAAUUCCGAAUGCC